AUGAGAAUCAGACAUUAGAGAAUCACCAUCUUAGCUUUUUGAUUCCUGAGGAGGAUGCUUAGCUUGAGAUAUUCAUUACCUUGUCUUCCUCAAACAAAGGAAUCAACCAAACUCUUCUCCAAGAGGCCUAACAAUGUUGUGGUUUGUGCAGCGAGAGGUCCAAGGCCUCGACACCCUCGAGUAUGGAAAACAAGGAAGAGGAUUGGAACUAUCUCCAAGUCUGCCAAGAUGAUUGCUUCUAUUAAAGAACUGUCAAACGUUAAAGAAGAAGUCUACGGAGCGCUUGACUCCUUCAUAGCCUGGGAGCUAGAGUUCCCUCUUGUUAUAGUCAAGAAGGCGUUAGCUAUUCUUGAAGACGAAAGAGAGUGGAGGAAGAUCAUUCAGGUGACGAAAUGGAUGCUGAGCAAAGGCCAAUGGAGAACAAUGGAAACUUACUUCUCCUUACUAAACGCUUUAGCUGAAGAUAACCGCCUCGACGAAGCUGAGUAGCUUUGGAGCAAACUGUUCAUGGAGCAUUUGGAAGGAACUCCGAGAAAGUUCUUCAACAAGAUGAUCUCUAUUUAUUACAAGAGAGAUAUGCACCACAAGCUCUUCGAGGUGUUUGCUGACAUGGAGGAGCUUGGAGUGAAACCGAACCUUUCGAUUGUGAAUAUGGUUGGGAAAGUGUUUUUGAAGCUUGGGAUGAAGGAUAAGUACGAGAAGCAGCUUAAUGAGCUAAGUGAAGGUGAAGGAGGCUUCAGCAGUGAUGAAGAUGAUAUUGAUGAUAAGAUGGAGAGUAAAUCUGAAGUGUUGUUGUCAGAUGAGGAACCAAACAAAGUUGAUGAGCCUAUUAAAUCCAUUUGAUUGUUUUAGCUAAUACAAAUGGUCUAACCUGUAAAAGAAUCAUUACAACACAACACCAAAGAGAGUUUUCAAGAUUGAAUUUUCAAAAUCUCUCAUACAAUAGGGGGAUGAAAUACAAUCAUAAUAACAUUUUCUUUGUUCAUAUA